UUUCCUGUCGAACCAUUCAAUGUCUUAGUGGGGCGCACCACCCCCGAUUUCUAUUCUCUUAUUUCUCGAACUUGGUGCGUAUCUCCAUUGUAUAAAGCUCUCCAAAUAACAACUUGUGCUGUCAUAGUUUCCACUGACAUCGGACGCGAAGAACUACUUGACUGAAGUAAAAUUCUGAAAACUUUCCAAUUGGCACGCAAUAUCGUGGAAUCCAUUAUUCACCUCGAUAGGGGGUUCGUUCGUGUACUCGCCUGGGUUUGAAGGUGAUUUUGUGACCAACUGUCACUUGGUCUUAUAAAGGAGAGUCGAGUGCUUGCACCGAAAGCCAGAAUUCCAUCCACUUACACCCCAAAGUCCAAGAAGAUAUUCCAUACUCUGACGAUGUCACCAUAUCAGCGGCCUCUGCCGUCGAAGCAAACAGUGUUAACCCGCUACGGUGGAUGGAUUCCAGCUAAUCCUGCGGUCUAUGACGCAUUCUUCAAUGAUCUCCUGCGUGAAAUCGACCCAAAGAAGGCUCAUGUCCCGGCAGUCCAGAACUUUAAAGAUAAUAUCAACGCUGAUCCCGAAUUGGUCGACUUGUUCGAACAAGUCUUCCUGCAAGUUUCGCCCGAAAGUAGGGUUAGAACCUUCGAACAGUUGCUUCUUUGCAUGGAUAAGAUCGUUGUUGCCGCUCCCAAGUUUCAAGUGAACAGAAACGACCAGGGCGAAAUUAUCGGCGGCGAGCCUAUUGGAGUCCCCUUGUAUCUCCUCCUCGACCUUCUUAGUAACACGAGUGCGGGUUACGAUCUCUUUCGCAAGGUCGAAUUCAAUGCUGCCAUGAAGAAUUUGUUGGAUUUUUGGGGUAGUUACCUCCGAGGUUCUCAAUCCAACAAUACGCUCAAUGAUAGCGAUGAGGGCUGGUUUGGCCAGCUUGGACUAGCGACUCUCGAAAAUGAGCGCGGAAUAUUCAACGAGAUUUACGAGUGUCCCGAUUAUACUGCAGUCAACCGCGGUUUCACUUCUUGGGAUGCUUUUUUUACCAGGAAGUUUAAACCUGACGCUCGCCCUAUUCAAAGGCCGGACCCCCCAUUUUUCUUCAUAUUUAACGCCUGCGAAUCCACCGUGUAUCGCAUAUCAACAGAUAUCAAAGAACAUGACCAGUUCUGGCUCAAAGGUCAACCUUACUCUAUCUAUGACAUGCUUGGACGUCGCGACGAUGAAGUUUCCCGUUCCUUCAUUGGUGGGACCGUCUAUCAAGCAUUCCUGUCUCCAUAUGACUAUCAUCGCUGGCAUAGCCCCGUGGAUGGUACCAUCCGCGAAAUACAGCUCGUUCCGGGAACGUAUUAUGCCGCGCUGCCUGACGAUGGAGCUGGAGAGUCUGAUCCAGACUUUCAAUCUGGUGACCCUCGGGGUGCUAUCAUCCGUUCUCAGGCGUGGCUCACCGAAGCCGCUACUCGUGCCAUCAUCCACAUUGAGGCUGACAAUAAAGCUAUUGGACGCAUUGUAUUCAUUGGCAUUGGGAUGGUAGAGGUGUCGACCUGUCAGAUCACUGUUGAGGAAGGAGAUCGUGUCAAAGCUGGUGACGAGAUCGGGAUGUUUCAUUUUGGUGGCUCGUCCCAUGCCCUUAUCUUUGAGCGAGGGGUCAACCUCGAGUUCUUUGAUGACGUUGUUAUCAACAACCACCUACACGUUAACAGACCCAUAGCCGGACUCCAAGUUCCAAAGGCGUAAGUAGUGUUCGCAUGCUUCAAGCGGUCAGAAAUUUCAAAAUAGUGAAGAAAAAGAAUUACCCUUUAUUCAGAAGAACAACGUAGAAUCCAUGUACCAAUAGUGAAUGUGAAUUUCAAGUGCUACCGAAUGUUAUAUCCUUCUCUCUGAGAAUAGACUAUGCGAGAUGUGACCCGCAAUGGUCUUUUGUGUUGGUCUCAAUUGCACUUCGUUGAAU